CGAAACUAUUGAUCUAACUCGUUUGAACUACGCAUGCUCGGGGAUGUUCGCAAGGGUUGGAUUCAGACAAUCAAGGGCUGUGAAACUGCUUCAAGUUAGAUUUUAUAUUGUGCUCACUAUCCGUUGAAAUUCAUUAGAGUUUAUAAAGUGUAUUUAUUAAAUGAAUAUUUUAGAAUCAAUUAAACCAUGGGGAACAUUCAAACCAACGAUAAACAGUCCAAAACCGGAAAAUCUCCCGCAAAGGGAAAGCAUUUUAUGCGAAACUUGAACAGAAAGUCACCAGGAAGGGACAGCAAAAAGCAUGGACGGAAGAAGAGUGAUGCUAAACGUGACGCCAUCGACAGGGAGUUUGAUAAAACGCCAGAUUCGGAUAUCAACGAACCGAUCGAAAUAUCAGAUAACGAUACGGUCGAGUGCGUGUUCAAAACAUUGCGGCAGGGGGAGGGCGCAGAGUCGGCGAGCGUGCAGUCGGAGGUAACGGUGACCGGGUGCGAGCCGCGCGCCCAGCCGCGGUCACCGACCCGCGACCAGUUGCCCGCCGCCGCUCCGCCGCAGCCGGCGCUCUCGCCUGCCAACGACUCUACCUCCGAGUCAGUGUUCACGGACCCGCUGACGCCGCUCGCCGUCGAGCUGAACCAGUGCUACUACUCCGCCGAGAGCGACAGCGCGCAUGAGGAGCUGCCUCGCACCCUCACGCCCUCCCUGCCGGACGUGCAGCCCGCGAGUGUCGCGAUGACCGUAGACAUGCCGCACGAUGACGCCGCCUCCUCGCUCUCCACUGACGACUUGGAAAAAGAAGAAAAAAAUGACGUAUUCGAUGACAGUGGUGACAAAAGCGAGAAUGAAAAGGUUAUGGGCACUGCAUUUUCGGGGUGGUGCGGCGAUCACAAGGCAGAACGGAAUAUAGAACGGAUCACUCACGAGUGCAACCACGAAUUCCUCGACAACCGGGUGAAAGCUUGUCCGGGUCAGACUUCGUUUACAGUGUCAAAACAUCGGAAGGUGGAACUUCCCCCAGUGGCUUGCGAACCGUCACUCUCGUUACUAGACAACGUGAUAACGGAGAAAGAUCGCCGACAUUCUAGUGUAAGUGACGCUCCGAUGUCCGAUUCGAAUGUGUUGAGAAAAGUGGCUUCCCUAACACUCGACAAGCUCACGGAAUCAAGGGUGGUGCGCCCCAAAUUCGUUCCCGAUAAACUGGAUUUCAAAUUGUAUGAAAAGUUUGAAGGUCAGAUGCUUCUGAACUGGUUUAUAUCAUCAAUAACGGAGAACAGUCAUUUGAAAACAUUGUUAAGCGUUCAAGAUCUGAGAAACCUUGGGAUACAAUAUUGUACUCAUCUUCUGGCCGCUGGCGUCCUGAGACAAAUAUCUGACAAGGAUGCGCCCACGGAAAAUAUUUUCAAGCCAAAUUUAAUGUACUAUUGGGCACAUAUGGAGGUCCCAACACUGCAACCAGUGACACCGGGCAGGCUGCACACAUCUGUCUGGCCGCCAGACAAAGAUGCAGUCUUCCUCACACAAGACAACCAGCGUGAUCUAGAAAACAACAAAUUCUUUAGUCAUAACAACAAUGAAGAAAUAAGUGAUAUUGACGAAGCUAAAGUAGUUAUAUCGCAACUUAAGAAAAAGCUCCAAGAGCUGGAAUAUCAAUUAGAAAAAUAUCGAAUAAACUCACAGAUUGAAUCCCUGAAUAAAAAUUUAGAGAAAAGGCUUGAUUCCAUUAAUGAAUAUAACCUAUUCAAAACCAAAACAGAAUUAACAAGUAAAGAAGUGCAAACAUCAAAUUUUGCCAAUGAACUAAAUAAGAUAUCAAAUAAACCUGUGAUAAACAUACCUGAAUAUGACCCUCUAAGAACAAAUGUAAAUAUUGAUAAAGCAUUAGAUUUAAGUAGUUUAGAACAUAAAAGUGAGACAGCUAUUACAAAUAAACCUGAUGUCAGAUCUGAAAAAAUUGUAAAUUAUUGUAAGUUGAAUAAAAGUAGAGAUUGUAAUAAAAGUUAUCGUAAAGAUGAUCUAACAGAGCUUAACACUGCCGAAGAUACGAAGAAGAAUCAGCUCCUUGAAAAUGUUGACCAAAGUGCUUGUUCCUCAGACGCCUCGUUCCUCAGCACCUACACCUCCACUGAGUUAAUCACGUACAGUGCAAAAAGUUUCAUUGACGUAGAUAGACAAGAAGAGCCCACUGUCACAGAAAAUAAUGUUCAUCCUCCACACACGCAAGUGUUGUACACAACAGUAAAAACACAACAAGUACCAAAUAAUCAGCCAUCAUUGGAGCUUUCAAGUAAUAUCUCCUUGGAUCAUGAAAACAUGAGCAGUGCAGGUGAAAUGGAUGUUAAAACAUGUUUAUCAAUAUCUGACAGGUCUCCAGACCUCAUGGUAUCUGCGGAUUCAAUACCAACGAAAGGAGUGUCUGUGGUAGGGCAGGUCACUCCAGUAGAAGAAAAACAUACUAGUCAAAUUGUUCCCUUCGAACCUCCUCCGUCACCAGGAAUGCCACCUCCGCCACCUCCCAUGCCGGGAACACCACCAGCAGAUGAAACAUCACCUAAGUUAGACUCUACCUUUGACCAAUUAACCACCAAGGAUAUAUUGCCAACUUCCGUGCAAGACGAAAUUCCUUCUAUAACACCUCAAACUUCAACCUCUCCGCCCCCACAAUCCACAGUGGAAUUACCACCUAUGUCUACGACUGCUACAGUACAAUCUCCACUGGAACUUUCUAGUGCAACUCCAUUACAGACACCUACGUCUAGCGUCGGUCCACCACCGCCUCCCAUGCCCGAAAUGGACCUACCAACUACGUCAGGAAUGGGUCCACCACCACCUCCUAUGCCUGAAAUGGGGCCACCGCCGCCCCCAAUGCCUGGUAUGGGCCCACCGCCGCCCCCAAUGCCUGGUAUGGGCCCACCGCCUCCUCCAAUGCCCGGAAUGGGCCCACCACCACCUCCUAUGCCUGGGAUGGGCCCACCGCCCCCUCCCAUGCCCGGAAUGAGCCCACCGCCUCCUCCCAUGCCCGGAAUGGGCCCACCUCCUCCUCCUCUGCCAGGUAUGGGUCCACCUCCGCCACCCUUGCCAGGUAUGGAUGCUCCUUUAGCCCCCAGUAUGCCUGGACCCCCACCCCCUCCCCCACUUUCUAGUGGACCUGUACCCUUUCCAGCACCACCUGCUGGAGGAUGGAAUGUUCAAAGAGCCACGUUAAGAAAGACGCCAGUAAAGCCUGCGGCACCCAUGAAACCUUUGUAUUGGACGCGAAUCCUAGCCACUACGCCUGCGCCCACCAACCAGGGAGAGACAACCCCAGGCAAUUUUAAACCUUUAUGGUUGGAAAUAGAAGAAGCAAAGUUAGACAAUAUUGACGAAUUUACUGAUCUGUUCUCUAGACAAGUCGUAAAGGCGCCCGUCAAAAAGAAAGUUGAAGUUAAGACGAAGAUCCAACCUAUUAAAAUAUUGGACAGUAAGAGAUCCCAGAACGUGGGCAUUCUUGCACAAAGUUUACACGUCGAGUUCUCAGAGAUUGAGAAUGCUAUUUACAAUUUCGAUACGUCUGUAGUCAGUUUAGAAGCAUUGCAUCAGAUAUACGAACUGCGUGCCAGUGAGGAGGAAUUGUCAUUAAUAAAAGAACAUCUAAACCACAAACCAGAGAUACCGCUGGACAGGCCUGAAGCAUUUUUACACGAUCUGUCUGGGAUACCAAAUUUUGCUGAAAGAAUAUCUUGUUUUAUGUUCCAAGCAGAGUUUGAAGAUGCUGUCAGCACAAUGAUGCACAAACUAGAUAAUUUGAAACAUACUUGUGAGUUUCUAACAACCAGCGAAUCUCUGAAGAAAUUGUUUGCUAUUAUACUGACCCUAGGCAACUAUAUGAAUGGUGGUAAUGGCCAAAGGGGGCAAGCUGAUGGCUUUGGUCUGGAAAUACUUGCAAAAUUGAAAGAUGUAAAGUCGAAGCAGUCAAAUGUGACGCUUCUUCACUUCAUAGUGCGGACGUACAUGCGGUCCUGUGGCGGUGCGCUAUCAGACGGCUGUGUGUUACCCGUGCCCGAGCCGGGAGACGUGUCCCGCGCUGCCACGCUGGACUUCGCUGAUGUAGCCAUGCAUCUCACCACCCUUAGAAACCAACUAGAUGCAUGCAAAGAUAAAGUGAAAAAAGUUAUAGAGAAUGAUGUUGACAAACGCAAUCUCAAUGAGGACUCUCCAACCGAUGAGGGAAAGAGAAAGCUAGAGGUGUUCCAAGAUAAGAUGACUACAUUCAUAAAUUCUGCUGAAGAGAAACUUAAGACUGAAAAUGAAAACUUAGACGAGUGCCGAAUGAAAUUCAUAGCAACCGUUAAGUUUUACCAGUACACUCCUAAAUGCGGCAAACUGGAAGACUGCGAACCAAAAGAAUUUUUUUCACUGUGGACCUCAUUUUGUAGCGAUUUCAAAGAUAUUUAUAAAAAGGAAGAACAAAUUGCUAUUAAAGAAAAAUUAAAAGAAGCAAAGAAACUACAGGAAGAAAGGAAACCUCAGACUCAGCCUAAGAAGGAGGGUGGUCUUAAGGCGCGAUUGCAGAAAUUAUCUAGUUCAAGGAAAUAACAUUAACAACACAUGAGACCAGAUUGUCACUCUUGUCACGCACAAAGAAUGAACUUACUUUUAGUUCAUUCACCAACAUUCCAUAUUAUUAUUGCAUUCCAAAUAAGCAACUAAUAACUACUCACACAUUAACAUGAUUAAGGCAAAAUGUGUCUGUGCUUAUCCCUUUGAGGAACACCAGCAUAAUGUUGUGACAAUAUCAUGUAGAUAUAUUCCUUUUAUAAACUUUUUAUUUUUGUAUUGGUAAUGUAUCGUUUCCUGUAACAUGGAUUGAACAAAGGCCUAAUGUUUUAAACAUAGCUAUCAUUUAUUUAUAACAAUUUUAACAUUACUGAAACCUAGUGUCUACUUAAAACUUGCUGAGCAGCUGAGCCACCUAACUUGGUUGAAAGUUAGAUCUAAUAAAAAAAAAUAAACAGAUGAAGCUUUACAAUUAUAACACUAAGGCCUCGUUUACGUUUAAGCGGCGCGUUGUGCGGUGCCAUGUGCGGUUCGUCGUACAUUGCAAGUGAUGUUCAUAUGUUUGUGUUUGCACGGCCGUUGACACGAUUUGAUGCUGUAAUGUACGACAAACGAAAUACGCGCCUAUUCAAAGGUUUAUGUAAAAUUAAGAUCGUAAGAGCCAUAUCUUGUGGGAGGUCUUAUAAAAAAUGAGAUUGGUACUCAAAUUCGUAUAGAGGAUUUUCGAGAUAUUUGAGGAUAUCAAGUUAUAUUCCUGCACAUAUAUAAUUGUACCUGAUAUACUGUUUUUUAAUACAUUAUGUUAAUUUAAAAUGCCUGAUUGUGUGCAUAGUUGUUCAUCUAAAAAUGGUGCUGUAACAAUUGUUGUAUCUGUAAAUAUUAUUAUUUAAACAAUAUAAAAACUCAAAUAUUAUUUAAUAAAAGCUUUUAUUACAUACAAUCUAAACAUUUUUGCUUCCAUAUUAGAUGGAAUUUCUUAUCUAUCUUCCUGUUGGUAAGUUUGUCACAUAGUUUGAGUAAAGCAUUUUUGAGAGCAUGCCACUGCAUCAAGCUCAAAUGACUUGUUAGCGACUGACUAUCAGAUUCAUUUCUGAAAUUUUCUUCCACUUCAAUAAAUUUUUUCAAUGAAGCAGAAUUUGUUACAGUUUUGUAGGAAUGAACCUUUUCUUUCUUAGGUGGUGGAGCUUGGUUUUCGUUGCUAUUUUUACUUGAGUUUAAAAGAAGUUUAAAACUUUCUCUGGAUAGUGCAACUCCAUGAUCUAUUUGUGUUAUAUUUGGUGUUGCAAGUGGAACCUCUUCAGUUUUUACUGUUAUUGGUUUAGUAUCCUCAUUGUCAUCUGUUUCCAUUUCAUUCUCAUCAUUUUGGUUUACAUAAUCAAGUAUGUUAUCUAACAAACCAUUUUCAUCGUCAUCCAAACCUUUGACAAUGUCAAUGUCUUUCUUCUGUGCCCAAUCAAAUCUGCCAAACUCAUCAAUAUGUUUCAAGUCUAACCACUGGUCUAAGUCCUGUGGUAAUUCAUAAUUGUUAGGGAGGAAAUCUAAUCCUUUCAUUUGCAAUUUAUUUAAAUAUGGGUAUAAGUUUGAAUACCAUGUUGUACUGUGUUGGACAAGUACCAUACUCAUAGACCACAACCUACUCAAAAGUGCAUAAGGCAGUAAACUCAUCCAGUGACUUUCUGCUCUCUUUACUCUGUCUAAAUAGAACACUGCUGCUUGUUUUGAGCAGGUGGAUACUCGCACCAUUAUUUUUGCAAAGGCCAUUAUUCUUAAUAAUACAUAUUGCAGCAUUUGUUUGCUAGGCAAGUAAACAUCAUCAUCUCCGGCACUUGGUAAUGCUGAUGAAAAGUUUUCUAUUUCUUUCAACAGGUUUAAGGCUAAGUAUUUCUUUAAAGCUGUAUUUACCUUUCUUAAAUUCCUAUAGCCUAUAUCGUUACGAAAUUUUUUAUCAUAUUUAUAUAAAAAUCUUGAGCAAAUAGCACUCUCUUUAUGUAGAGGAGACUGCUUUGAUAAAACUUUGAUAAUAUUGUUAGUUAUUUGUUUUAAUGCAGGUACAUCUGAUUUUUUGACACACAAAAACAUAGUUAUGGGAGGCGGUAAAAUAGUAGCAGAAUUCCAUGGCUCCGGCAUUAUGACACAAGUUGUAAAAUCCCUUGGAAUGAAAACGUAGGCAAUAAAAUAAUCACCAGAAAUAAACAAACUACAACAAUUAAGAGAUUACCACAACAUUUCACAAUAACAUAACCUCAAAAGCCUGUCUGAUUGUCAUGUCACUGUCAAGUGUCAACAAGUAUUC